AUGGAUAAAUCACACGCUGGAGAAAACACCUCCGGCAAGCUCAACGCGCAAGACAGUCAUGGCUCGAUGGUCAAGUUGGCAAAGCCCCUGACCGCCAUGGCUCGCGAGGCCCUGGCAAACAAGACGAUGAAGCUGAUGAGAAAGCGCGCCCGACUGAGGAAGAAGCUGACGAAACUCAUCAAUGCUGAAAUCAAACCCACCGCGGGUCAGAAAUCGCCGGCACACGGCAACACCGGUAUUCUGACGCGCAUGGAGCGGCUGGCAAGACGAGAGAGAAGACACAUGCUUUCUCGAAUCAAGAUGUUGGAAGAGCGGGAUAAGUUAUACAGAUGGGAUCCGACAGACGAGAGGGCCCUGGACCUGGAUUUAGUGCGAUCACUCUUAUCCAGUUUUCGGCAGGUCUUGUAUUCUGAGCUGAGGGUAGACGAGAUUCCUUUCCCAUCAGCGUUUAGCACUGAGGAAGGCACGAGUGCUUCCAUCUUACCAGCUCCCAACGCCUCCAAGGAGAAGAAUAAGGAGAAGCUCGAUGUUGUUAGUCAAUCACAAUCGAAGGAGCUAGACAACGAACGUGAGCAGAGAUCGGAGACUACAGAUCCUGGCAAAGGCAAUCCGCGUCGAGCCAUUGAUGAGACUGCUGGUUCCGAACAAGAGUCGGACGAAAGCGACCUGCGUUACGAUCAACUACGAGUCAAGGAAAUGCUAUCCGGACUUGCGUACGAUGAUCUCGUCUAUGACGCGGAGCCAACCAAGGGCAAGCGAGUCAUCGAUCACGGAUUAUGGAUGAGCGGUGCUCUACAGGAUGUCCCUGAUAGCUCAAACAUUUGCCCUUGUAACCACGACAACAUGCCGGAGACACCCCAUUCACCCUCACGCGUCACCACCCCAGUCAAGUCAGCUAUCAAAAAGAAUGGAGAGAUUAAGCCUAGCAUCCUAGGACGAAAGGUGACGUUCCAAGAAAAUCCCCUCGGAGGUUCUAGGACAGUCAUCAACGACAAACAGCCCUCCUCUCCUACAUAUCCAUACUCCGUAACUCACACAGGCAAGGAACCGGUGACGACGAAUUCCGAGGAUGCCCGCGCAAAGGUCUCCAAGAAAAAGAAACACCAUACGAAACGGAACACCUCGAUCGACCAGUCCUCUGGAUCUUCUAAGAAGGCCGAGAAGUCCACUCGCCAUAAAAUUCGCCAGUCGUCACGGCACGAAAAAGUUAAUGGGUUGAAUACACCAGCGAAGAACGACUUGGUGCAAGUACUUGGCGUCACGCCGGAAGUAUCGCACCUUGCUAGCUUCCUUGCUCGGUUGAGCAAAUCAGCUCCUGCCAAGCUCCCCGGCGGUGGCUCGAAUUUGGACGCACUACGACGGGAGGACAGGAUCAUCCUUGAGACGGAGCGGCAGAUUUGGCUGAGACGGAUGGGUUACAAUGACUUCGUUGACUGA